CAUUCAGGACCCCUAGGAACAACAUGGCGUCCACAGGCACGAAGUCGGUUUUAUUCGUAUGUUUGGGGAAUAUUUGCAGGUCCCCGAUCGCUGAAGCUGUCUUCAGGAAGAUGGCAACUGAUUCUGGUGUUGUUGAUAAGUGGAGGAUAGACAGUGCUGCCACCUCUACCUAUGAGAUAGGAAACCCUCCAGAUCACCGAGGUCAAGCCUGCAUGAAGAGGCAUGACGUGCCCAUGAGGCAUGUGGCUAGGCAGGUGACCAAAGAAGACUUCAUGAGCUUUGAGUACAUUCUCUGCAUGGAUGAGAGCAAUUUGAGUGACUUGAAAAGGAAGGCAAACUCAGUGAAAAACUACAGAGCAAAGAUCGAACUUCUCGGUUCUUAUGACCCUCAGAAGCAGCUGAUCAUCAGAGACCCAUAUUAUGGAAGUGAUGAAGACUUUGAAAAGGUGUACGAACAGUGUGUACGAUGCUGCAAAGCUUUUCUUGAGGCGAACUCCUAACAGCAGCAACUCUGACGACAUCUUUCAUCUAAGUCUGAUAAAUGAUGAAUUAUCAACCUAAUAUGUAAAAGAAGCACUUAUCUGUAUGAAAACAUUGGCGCUGUCACUGAACGACCACUGGACUACUUUGUGUCAGUGUUUCAAAUGUAAUGCAAGCUACAUAUAGUGUACAUUUAGAGCAAUGCUGCACCUUUGAGUUUGUGGACUGUAGGUUCUGAUGAUUCAUGAAAAUAAAGGUAAUUUGG